AUGUCUAGUAUUAUAGAAGCGUCCGCUGCUUUGAGAAAGAGAAAGCAUUUGAAAAGAGGUAUUCAAUUUACUCUUAUGAUUGUUGGGCAGUCUGGAUCCGGGAGAUCUACAUUCAUUAAUACUUUAUGUGGCCAGGAAGUCGUAGAAACAUCAACAACUGUAUUGCUUCCCAAUGAUGAUUCCUCUCAAAUCGAUGUGCAAUUGAGAGAAGAAACUGUGGAACUGGAGGAUGAUGAAGGCGUCAAAAUUCAGUUGACGAUCAUUGACACACCAGGUUUUGGCGAUUCUUUGGACAAUUCUCCAUCAUUUAACAUGAUUUCAGACUAUAUUCGCCACCAGUACGAUGAAAUCUUGUUGGAGGAAAGUCGAGUGAGAAGAAAUCCACGUUUUAAAGAUGGGCGGGUACACUGUUGUCUUUACUUGAUCAAUCCUACAGGUCACGGGUUAAAGGAAAUAGAUGUUGAGUUUAUGAGACAAUUAGGGCCCUUGGUGAACGUCAUUCCUGUCAUUAGUAAGGCGGACUCAUUGACUCCUGACGAACUGAAACUGAACAAGAAAUUGAUCAUGGAAGAUAUCGACUACUAUAACUUACCCAUAUACAGCUUCCCAUUCGAUCAAGAGGUCGUCAGCGACGAAGACUACGAGACUAACACUUACCUUCGUUCAUUAUUGCCGUUCUCCAUCAUUGGCUCUAACGAGACCUUUGAAACACCAGAAGGUGCCGUAGUACACGGAAGAAGAUACCCAUGGGGCACAAUAGAUGUCGAGGACCCUGCAGUUUCCGACUUUUGCGUCCUAAGAAAUGCCUUAUUAAUUUCGCAUUUGAACGAUUUGAAGGAUUAUACCCAUGAAUUGCUAUAUGAAAGAUACAGAACCGAAGCUUUAUCUGGUGACAUGCUGACCGCCAGUAGCGUCUCGUCCAAGUUGAUAAAUAAUGGCUCACAAGAAUUUAUUGGCUCUCCUGUCAUGUCAGGUGCGGCGUCCGAAUCUGCACGUGGUAGUGGAGUCCCAGAUGCAGAGUCCAGAAACUCGACCAAGCAGUCAUCUAACCAAGAUACCUACCUCGCCCGCGAGGAACAAAUUAAAAUGGAGGAGAAACGCUUAAAGGCUUUUGAAGAAAGAGUUCAACAAGAAUUGCUAUCAAAAAGACAAGAAUUAUUACGGAGAGAACAAGAAUUAAGGGAAAUUGAGGAGAGACUAGAAAGGGAGGCUAAAGUGAAGCAAGAUGCAGAAGAAUAA